CGGCAGCAAACAAUGGGAGUAGUUUCAUACCAAUCCUAUCAAAAUUAAUAAAAGUUCGUGCCGCAGAAUUAACAACACAAGAAAUGGAACAGUUCGCAGAGGGAGACCCACUUAAACCCAACGAUGACAACCAAAAUGCUGCAAAACGAAGUUGUCGUGGAUCAUGCAACCAUAUACUUCGAAAUAUUACAGUGGAACCCACCAUGGCAUUGUUUACGCUAGCAGUCAUUUUAACAAUGUUAACAACACAAAACUUGAGUUUGGAGAAAGCAUGUCGAGUGAAUCUGAACUUUACCGACGAGAUUUGUUCCUCAUUAAAACUGCAGCAGGCCGAAACGCAGAAUGAAUACGAAAAAGCAACGCAGCAGUUAAUUGCAAAGUUUAUUUCGUCCAGAACCUACAUAACAGCGACUAUACCCUGCGUCAUUGCGUUGUUUGCUGGGUCUUAUUCAGACAAGACUGGAAGAAGGAAAGUCUUCCUGCUGAUCCCGAUCGUUGGACAGAUUCUCUUAAUCAUCAAUAAUAUGCUCAACACCUACUUCUUCUAUGAACUGAAUCUCGAGUUCCUUACAUUCAGUGAAGCUGUUUUAGAAGGAUUUAGUGGAGGCUGGAGUCUUCCCUUUUUCAUCAUGUUUGCCUUUAUCAGCGCCAUCACUACAGAUGAGACCCGAACAUUUCGAAUGGGUCUUCUGAAUCUUGCUCUAACAGUCGGUUUCCCAGUAGGAAUGGGGCUCAGUGGCAUUUUAUUAAAGAAGUAUGGUUACUACGGAACUUACGGAGUGGCAUUGGCGUGUCAUAUUGUGAACUUUUCAUACAGUGCUUUCAUACUGAAAGAGCCAAAGAGAACUCCAGAACAGAAAAAAUUUCAGCAUGAGAACAAAGGGGUCUGCAACUUCUUCCGUACGUUCUUCAGUCUCGCAAACAUUCGCGAGUCGUGGAAUGUCGUGUUCCGUAGCGGGCCCAACCACCGGCGCGUGCGCAUGAUAGUUUACAUGCUUGUCAUCGCCACACUUUUCGGUCCUAUGUAUGGAGAAAUAUCUGUAUUGUACCUGAAUACAAGGUACAGGUUCAACUGGGAUGAGGUCAAAUUUAGCGUGUUCCAAACGUACAACUUCGUCAUGCACACAGUCGGUACAAUGUUCUCAAUAAUUGUAUUCAGCAAGGUGCUAGGAUGGCACGAUUCUUUACUAGGUAUCAUCUCAACUGUGAGCAAGUUGUUUUCAUCAUUCGUAUACUGUUUUGCGCCAAACGGAAAAAUAUUUUUUAUUGCGCCAUUGGUCGAGAUUCUAAACGGGACGUCAUUGUUAGCCAUGAGAUCAAUCGUAUCAAAAUUCGUUGACUCCAAUGAACUAGGUAAGGUAAACUCAAUAAUCUCACUAACUGAGAAUCUAAUGCCGCUUGUAUACGUGCCACUCUACACCAACGUAUACAAAGCUACCAUGGAGGUUCUACCUGGAGCUGUGUUCCUGAUGGGAGCAGCUUUGACAUUUCCUGCUGUCAUCGUAUUCAUAUGGUUAUUAUAUGAACACCGAAAAGGGGUCAGGAGAUUAAAAACCGAGGAAGCAGAUGAAUUACCAACAAAAGAUAAUCUUUUACAACCUAAUUAAUUAGUUAUUUUUUUUAUAUACAUUAUAACAUAUUCAAAAUCGAAUAAACGUGACUACAUA